AGGACAAACAUGACAGCUGGCCAGACGGAUAUUAUUCAGGGUUCAAACGAUUUCGGUCAGGGCAUUGGACUAAACUUAGUUAUAUAUCGCAGGGCCCUACUUAGCCUAUAUAUAGGCCUAAACACAGGUCGCCUGAACAUGGCCAUGUCCUCGAGGCCUAAAGCAAGCAGCUUUCUUAUCAAACGUGCCAGGAGACGAUCAGGACGGGAAAUUCUGUAUGGUUCUCCGUCAGCCGACCAUGCUGCUCCCAAGAUCAGGUUCAAGCAAUGGUGGAGGAUGCCCCGCCGCACUGGAUUUACUUACCAAGGAACCUAUCGUACGUUGGAGACCAAGUCUGGGACUACUUCGUGUGUUGUAAGAACAAGCGCGUUCGUGGACAUACGAGAAUGGAGAUUACAAUGGCUUCUCCUGAACUAAAGGCGCCGGAUUUAGCCUCUCCUUCUUCUACGAGUGACGAGGAUUCGCCUCAAACGAACAAUAUCAUGUCUCCAGAUGACUCGGGUCAUGUUGAGGACAUAUUCGGAAACCUGAAACUCGUCAAGGACGAAACGGAUUGUGACCUCUCUUCAUGUCACGGUGUUGCGAAUGGCAAAUCAGACGGCGGAUACGGUAGUGAUGAUCUCAAUUCUUUAACUAGUGCAGAUAGUGAUCAAACUUUGAUGAGUGGUGACGAUAUCACCUUGAUCAUUUCCUCAGAGGACGAAACUGACAUAGAGACUGGUAAACCAGUGAAUUUGGACGACGCAAUUACAGACACUGAAAAAGGUGGCAUGAAAAUCCCAAAACUCCUCACGGGUGCGAACUCGUCAAGGACAACGGCCAUGAUGAAACCAUACUUACUGGAUUUAUUGAACCCCUCUGAGGCUUACGAGGAUGAUGACGAAGACGACGUUGAUGGCGAAUUCGGAGGUCCACCGGAACUUCGUCGGGCAACAUCACUUAAGACAAACAAAACUCCCCCUGGGACCCCAAGGAGGAAAAAAGUGGUACGUUUUGCGGAUGCCUUUGGGUUAGACUUAGAAAAUGUGAGACAUAUUUUGAAUAUGAACUCUCCUCCUAGGAUACCUGCUUCUGCAGUUCGCGAUCUUAAAGCUGGUAUAGAAAAAGAUCGGCAAUCACAAGGUAACAAAUAUUUCCAAUCGCUUUUCUCACAGCCUGGUGCUACAGGAAACUUUGUGCAGAGGGUCCUCGCCCAGAAUGUGUGCUUGGAGAAUGCCAUGAUCAACGGAAUGACAAUCACAGGAACAGUCAGGGUUAAAAACGUGGGAUUCCAUAAGAAAGUCACCAUUCGUUAUACUGUCAAUAGUUGGGCAACCUUUGCGGAUGUUGUUGGCUCUUAUGUGCAAGGUUCUUGUGAUGGUGCCACUGACAGGUUUUCCUUCACAGUGGUUUCUCCAGGUGAACUGGACAUUGGCAAAAAACUCGAGUUUGCUGUCAUGUUUGAAUGCGGUGGGCAGACGUUCUGGGAUAAUAACUAUGGCCAGAACUAUGUUUUUGAGUGUUAUGCUAAGAAUGUACCAACCCUAAGCACGGAUCAUGCUUGGGUUCAUUUUCUGUGAUCGGCUGGAGAGGAAUGACCUUCAAGGUUAGCGGAGUCUUCAAGGGCGCUCAUGUGGACUCAGUUUCGAAGCUCGCUUGGCGUAUCAUUGCUGAUGUACAUCCUCAAAGGUGCUGUUACGUUGGAAUUUAUCGAGAAAUAAUGUGCAUUUGUCUGUUCUGGUGAUAUUUGGAUACGUUUGGUAAUGAUGCUUGGAAAACAUAAUGACAUUGAAACUGAUGGCAGCUAGCAUAGCACAGCUGAUCUCGCGUGGAUCCAUAUCUCGCGUUGCUUCUUCAAGAUAGGUUGUCCCACGCGUCUUCUAUUCUACACACACUCUCUAUCCAUCGUUGAUUUCUCGGGAGUUUAUUCACACUCUUUUAGAAAUCCGUGGUUUUACAGUGGUUGUAUACAAGUAAUGUAAAUACAUAAAAUGUGUAAGUAUGUUGCAAAAUGUAAAUUCUGCCUAGAAAUAUAUGGACUUCGCAUGUAAAAAAGCAAGUAUAUAUAAAUUAUAUUUAUUGUGAUAGCCUUUCAAAGAGCAAUAGUCAUAGUGAACGAUUUGAGUGUAAAAGUGUACAUAAGAAGGGAAGCCAGUGUGUGUAUGUCAGUGUGUGAGUUUAGAGUCUGUGAUCAUAAUGAGUAGACCUUUAUCUACUUACUGUUAAAUAUUUUGUUAUCAUUUAAAUGGAAGAAACACAGAAUGCAGACAUCGUUUUCAACAUUCAGUAAAUGUGUUGUAAAAUAUAAAGCACUGUUAUUCAAUAAUGAUUGAUAUUAUGAUAAUCAUUAUGAACUAGUCUAACUAGAACUUAGUUAUAUUUCUCCGCCGAUGGCUACUUAGUACUUGUACUUAGUGCAUACAGUAUAACACAUUUAUCAAUAACUCAGUUGGUACAGCCCCUCAAAGAGUAGAUUGUUACCAAAUAAGGUAAAGUGGUACAAUUAUAGCGCCUACAGUAGUGAAAGAGUUGGUAGUACACACCGAUGCACACCGAGGCUAUUAUUGAACCACCCUCACAGUGGCUGUUCAACAAAAAGGUUAUUCGUACUGUACUUACUUUUACUUCUUCACCUUUAUUUUGUAAAUGAGUUUUUUUGACCGUCGUUGAAACAUGCGAUGUAUAACAAUACAUAAUCUGUACAGAAACCAUGCAUAUGGAAAGUAGAAUAUACUAUUGGUUGGUACAAAACAAAAAUGUGUUGAAGUGGUAGCCUAUAUAAAACGGUAAAGCAGACACAACCGUCAAAAGUGGUAUAUACCGCAGUGAAACUAUCGAUGAAAAUAACUAUUUCGAACACGUCAGAAACAGCUGCAUUUGAGAAAAGAAUGAUGAUGAUAUGUUGAUGGCGUCCCUCGGGUAUGGUCAAGCAAUUCAGUUUGUUGGAAAGUUAAUAUGUUGCUUGUUGUCCUCUUGGCACCUCCAGAAAGUAUGCGUUGACGUCCGAAAACUUUUGGAUUAUACGGAUCUUUUCUUUGACUUGGGAAACAGUUGGUUUUACUGCUCUAAAAAGAGAUGGAACUAUUAUUGUGUUGUUUCGUAAAACGGAACGCUGUGCCAUAGUUAUUAUAACGUGUGAUAUAAAUAUCCAAUGAGAAAAAAAGAUGUAUUUAAAGAUAGAAUCUAGUUCGCCAUUGAGUAUUAUACUUGUGUAGUCAUUUUGUGGCAUUCUACGAAACGCGAAUGCGAACGCCUGUCCCGUGGUUAGAAAUAAUGAUCAGGGGUUCGGCGUUCGCGUUGGUGUUUCGGGGGCUUUGCGAAAACUCCUUAAUAUUUGGGCAAGACAGUUCGUGGACAUGGUAAACGCGUUGUGUUUCUGUAGAAGUUGUUGAUCCCCCCCCCCCCCCCUCCGAAUGUUCCUGCAGGUUUCGGUGUGAGGCGAACUCGAAGUCUAGUGCUCAUGGUGAAUAGUGCUACAGCAAAUUGUUUAUUGAGAGUUUAGGUCCGUUUAAAUUUGGGUGGAUGUAGAGAAAAUAAAUAUGAUUGGUGAAUAUUUUGUAA